CCCGCUCAAGCCGAUCAGAAAGACAACAAAAAGAUAUCCGCGAUUUUUCUCAAAGAGGAGAGCGAGCGAGCGAGCGAGCGAGAGAGAGAGAGAGAUUCGUGAUAGUUUAAAGAGAAGAAAGAAGGGGAAGAAAGGGGGAAGAGAGAGAGAGAGAGAGAGGAAGGGGAAUAAAGGGUGAGGGGCUCGAAUCUUCUUCGGAUCGCUUUCGAAUCUCUAAUCAGUUGGGCAUUGAUAGAUUCGAGCUUCGAUUCGGAUCGGACCGGAGGUCUUCUGGGCGGAAAUGGUGGGGGAUAGUGGGGUCUGCUAAGGGUCGGAAGGCGGUGGGGUUGGUGGAAGGAAGAGGGGGUGGUGGGAUUUCGAUGGAUCUGGUGGAUUAGUGGUGAGUUUGGGGAGGAAGGUUGGUGGCCGUGGAAAUGGACUUGAUUGUGCCGUGGUUUCUAUGGCUGGUCCUGGUGUUCCACCCCUUCGGUAGGGUGCUUGCCAACACGGAAGGCGAUGCUUUGCAUAGUUUACGGGCCAACCUCAAUGAUCCGAAUAAUGUGCUGCAAAGUUGGGAUCCAACUCUGGUCAAUCCAUGCACAUGGUUCCAUGUUACAUGUAACAAUGACAAUAGUGUUAUUAGAGUUGAUCUUGGAAAUGCAGCGUUAUCUGGUACGUUGGUCCCCCAGCUUGGUCAGCUGAAAAACCUGCAAUACUUGGAACUUUAUAGCAAUAAAAUUAGUGGAACAAUUCCUAGUGACCUGGGAAAUCUGACAAACCUGGUGAGCUUGGAUCUGUACUUAAACAGUUUCACUGGGGAAAUACCUGACUCACUGGGAAAUCUUUCAAAACUCCGUUUCCUCCGGCUUAACAACAAUAGUCUGUCGGGUGUUAUCCCUCUAUCAUUAACUACCAUCGGUGCUCUCCAAGUUCUGGAUCUGUCGAACAACAAACUCAGAGGACUUGUUCCAUCAAAUGGCUCUUUUUCACUGUUCACCCCCAUCAGUUUUGCUAACAACCCUCAAUUAUGUGGCCCGGCUACCACAACACCUUGUCCGGGUUCUCCUCCAUUUUCUCCACCGCCUCCAUACAAUCCAACACCAGUCUCAUCACCAGGAAAGAGUGUCUCUAGCACAGGAGCAAUUGCUGGGGGGGUUGCUGCAGGUGCUGCUUUGUUGUUUGCUGCACCGGCAAUUGGAUUUGCAUGGUGGCGUCGCCGUAAACCACAAGAACAUUUCUUUGAUGUAGCUGCUGAGGAGGACCCCGAAGUUCAUCUGGGCCAGCUUAAAAAGUUUACAUUGCGAGAUCUGCAAGUUGCAACUGAUGGUUUUAGCAAUAAGAACAUUCUGGGCAGAGGAGGGUUUGGAAAGGUCUAUAAAGGACGACUUACAGAUGGUUCAUUAGUGGCAGUAAAAAGACUAAAAGAAGAGCGAACACCAGGUGGGGAACUUCAGUUUCAGACAGAAGUUGAGAUGAUUAGCAUGGCUGUACAUCGAAACUUGCUCCGUCUACGUGGGUUUUGCAUGACACCAACAGAGCGGUUGCUUGUCUAUCCCUACAUGGCUAAUGGAAGUGUUGCAUCAUGCUUGAGGGAGAGGCCUCCAUCUGAACCACCACUUCCUUGGCCAACUCGAAGAAGAAUUGCGCUGGGUUCUGCAAGAGGACUGUCUUAUUUGCAUGAUCAUUGUGAUCCAAAGAUUAUUCAUCGUGAUGUCAAAGCUGCAAAUAUUUUAUUGGAUGAAGAGUAUGAGGCGGUUGUUGGAGACUUUGGCUUGGCUAAACUUAUGGACUACAAGGAUACCCAUGUAACAACAGCGGUCCGUGGAACGAUUGGGCACAUUGCUCCAGAGUAUCUAUCCACAGGAAAAUCUUCGGAAAAGACUGAUGUUUUUGGGUAUGGAAUCAUGCUUCUUGAGCUCAUUACAGGACAAAGGGCAUUUGAUCUUGCUCGUCUCGCAAAUGAUGAUGACGUAAUGUUGCUUGACUGGGUGAAAGGACUCCUGAAGGAGAAAAGGCUGGAAAUGUUGGUUGACCCUGAUCUACAGAACGAAUAUGUAGAAUCUGAGGUGGAGUCACUCAUACAGGUUGCUCUGCUCUGCACACAGGGCUCCCCAAUGGAUCGGCCAAAAAUGUCAGAGGUGGUCAGAAUGCUUGAAGGUGAUGGGCUUGCCGAGAGAUGGGAGGAAUGGCAGCAAGUCGAGGUGGUACACCAGGAGAUGGAGAUGACCCCAACCCGUGGCUCUGAAUGGAUUGUUGACUCUACCGACAACCUUCAUGCAGUUGAAUUGUCAGGUCCAAGGUGACCGUCAAAGUGCAUUUAAAAGAUAUUGUUUACAGCUUCUUCCCCCCUUGUUUCUUCUAUAAGCUCAUUCUGUAUCCAAGUGAAAUACAUCUAUGUGCAUAUGAAUCUAUGGGGCCAUUGUAUCAUCUUCAGCAAUUUAUUGAUUGUUAAGUGCUUUCUUUUCCCUUUUCUA